GCAAGUGAGACUCCUUCCGGUGUAAACAGGAAGCUGCGUGCCCUGGCUGCUUUGCGUUACUGGUGGUAAUGAAGACGGUGACCGUUCGUUAGCUGGAGAGAUGGAUAUUCUAAAAGCCGAGAUUGCGAGGAAGAGGAAGCAGCUAGAGGAGAAGCAGCUGGUUGGGGAAAGUAAGAAAUAUUUUAAGCGCAGUGAGCUUGCUGAAAAAGAGAAGGAAGCGUAUUUUGAACGAUGUGGCUACAAGCCUGUUAAUGUGAAGCCAGAAGGAAAGUUUCAGAAACAAGAAGAGGAGGAGAAGCCUUCAUCUUCAAGCAACCCAGUGCUGGAGCUGGAGCUUGCAGAAGAGAAGCUUCCUAUGACGCUUUCAAGACAAGAGGUGAUACGGAGGCUGAGAGAGAGGGGCGAACCCAUCAGACUGUUUGGAGAAACGGAUUAUGACUCAUUUCAGCGCUUGAGAAAAAUUGAAAUUCUUGCUCCUGAAGUCAACAAGGGCUUAAGAAAUGACUUAAAGGCAGCCCUUGAUAAAAUUGAUCAACAAUAUCUUAACGAAAUCGUGGGUGGCCAGGAACCAGCAGACGAGGAUGCGCAAAAUGACCUUAAGGUCCAUGAAGAAAACACCACGAUUGAGGAGCUAGAGGCUUUGGGAGAGUGCCUGGGACAAGGGGAUGAUAAUAAGGACAUGGAUAUUAUAAACAAAGUUCUAAAGUUCCUUCUAGGUGUCUGGGCCAAGGACCUUAACGCAAGGGAAGAUUACGUGAAACGCAGCGUGCAUGGAAAGCUAGCAAGCGCCACUCAGAAGCAAACAGAAUCGUAUCUGAAACCAUUGUUCCGGAAGUUGCGGAAAAAGAAUCUUCCGGCUGACAUCAAAGAGUCCAUAACCGAUAUUAUUAAGUUCAUGCUGCAAAGAGAAUACGUGAAGGCUAAUGAUGCCUAUCUACAGAUGGCGAUAGGUAAUGCCCCAUGGCCCAUUGGUGUUACUAUGGUUGGUAUCCAUGCCCGUACAGGUCGUGAGAAGAUUUUUUCCAAGCAUGUGGCUCAUGUGCUUAAUGACGAAACCCAGCGAAAAUACAUUCAGGGACUGAAGAGAUUAAUGACUAUUUGUCAGAAGCAUUUUUCAACAGAUCCUUCAAAGUGUGUGGAGUACAACGCGUUGUGAGAGAGCUUUUCGGCACGGCUUCUUUUCUGAUACCAUGUACAUAUUGCACCCCACAAGACUUCUUACAACUCCUGCCAAAUAAUAUUGGGAUGGACACCACAGCCAACACCCAAACAAGUCAUGUUCCAGUGUUUCUGUUUUAUAGAAAUACUUGCUGCUUCAAAGCCUCUAAUAAUGACUCAAGAUCACAUAUGUGUUUAUUGUGUGACCGUAUAUAAAUACUCUCCGAGAAUUUCUUUUAUGCCGAAUGUGAAUGUCAAACAAAGUACGUGUGAAAUAAAUGGUUUUCUAUCUUCCCCA